AUGGCUGAAGCUGGAGUUGGGCUCCUUGAGGCCCUUCAGUCUCUGCACGGGAACCUGCUCUCUAUAAUCGACCGCCCCAAGGAGCAGCGCAUUGAUUUGCCGCUGCUCAUUGGCCCCUCUCUCGAGCUGUUGGGCGGCAGCAUCGCCGCCUUCCUGGACAAACCUGCAAGGUCCAAACCCAGUCGAGAUGCCGUGAUUUCCGGCAAAAUCCAACUGGACGGCGAGGAAUAUGGUGUCAGCAGGGAAUUCCAAGAAAUGGCCCUCCAGGUCGCCGACGAGAUAGACUUGGACGAGCUGGAGGCCUCGCGCCUGAUCCUGGAUACCGAGGACGACGAGCGGAUACUGGGCCGGUCGAGGCGUGAAUGCGCCUUGAUCCGCUUUCACCAGCAGCGGAAAUACCUGCUUGACUGCAUACGCCUGCUUCUGGAGCUGUCCAAGAUCGACGAGCUACCUGAGGAGAUUGAGGACUGGUUGGCGUCGUUCGUAUCCGAGUUGAUCCUGGGCGAUGUCCCUUCGGCCAAGGCGCAAAAGAUUGUGCCCAGAUGUAUGGCAGCCAUGAACGAUAUCAGGGCCUGGCUACAGCGCAUAGUCGAUCAGGUUGCAAAGGCAAACGUCCUCGGCCAGGCCGGCGUUGCCGAGUUUCGCGAGACCAUCGAAUAUUCCCGCGUUAGUCUGGUCCAGCAGCACGAGCUUGUGGCUGUGAUCUUGUGCUACGCUAUCGACAAACGAGCCGCCACGGCCCAGGAUUUCAUGGAUUUCUUCACCGCACUCCGAAGAGUCGACAAAUACGACUUCUCGACAGUCCACAUGUUCCCUGCUCUCGGCGCAUUCAUCACUGUGUUCGGCUCUACCGAGGGCAAUGGCGACCUUGACCAAGCUCGAAGCCUGAAUACUGCCGUGUGCCGCCAGUCAGAAGACGACCCCCGCUACGUCCCCUUUUUCCAUGCAGCCGUCAGAGCUUGGUGGAUCGCCGAGUAUAGUGGCUGGUAUAUGGAUGAUGCGGCUGGUUCAAUGCUCCAGAACAUCGACAUUGACGCCGAGGAUCUACAACGGUCAAAGCAGUUCACCGAGGCAUUGAAAGACGGCGCCUUUGACAUGGUUAUGGCUGUUGUAGCCGACGUCAAGUCUUCAGACUGGCAGGACCCUGCACGGGCAGGCAUUCGCCAAUGGCUCCAGAGAAAGACACCCGCCCUUCCCGCAGAUACCGUUCCCUUCUCCGACUUUUUUCAGAAGGCUCUUGCUACUCAGGUCGAGACUUUUGUCGACGCUUUCAUCUCAAACCUGCCCGACAUUCUACGGAAACUCAGGGUGGAGGAGGACGAGCAGCGCCAGAUGAACCAGGGUCAUGAACAGGACGUCGAUCUCGAAAGGUUCCUACUAAUCAUCGCCUUUUCAUACGAAGGCCGCCCGGAAGCCGCUGACGCUUUUUGGGGAGACCCAGAAAGCAACCUUUUCGGCUUCCUCCAGUGGGCUUCCCGGAGAGCAUCGACACCUCUAGUGAGUGCUUUCUGUGAGAUGCUGCAGUCACUGUCCGAAGACGCUGAGUCUGCAACCGCGGCCCACGAAUUCCUCCUCGACGAUGGGCUUCACGCUUCAGGGAAGAUGCGCAAGACUUUGUCCUUGACAUGGCCGCAAAUUUUCAAAGAACUGGAGUUUUUCACAAAGAAGAUUCGUGAUAAGCCUGCGGCCCCCCAGGCGCAGGCAUUCAAGGGUGGCCGAUUCAACGAUGAGCAGGCCGAAAGCGAGCCAGAAUCGGCAAUGAUGCUCGAAUGUUACCUGCGGCUCAUGUCGAAGCUGGCUACCCAAAGUGAUGUGGCGCGCUCGUUUCUCCUAGAACGCCAGAAGCCAAGCCUGCUCAACCUCAUAUUCGAACUAAUCAGCAGUCCCGUCCCCCCUCGUCUAAGGGCUUGUGCAUUCAACGCUGUACGUGCUCUUCUGUCACGCAAAACCCUAGAUCAGAGCCUGUUGGUUUGGGAAUACCUGGAGACUUGUCUGGGCGGGUUUUUCAAAGCUCCCAAUACGAACAGGGCUGGCGCGAAUCCUCAACCCCAACCUCCUUCCGAUUAUAUGGAAUCUCUUUUCGCGGAAAUGAGCCCUCGUUUUGAAGAGGCCAGCGCUUUUGUGCAGCUGUUGACGGCUCUCUCAGCUCUUCCCGAGGGCUACGAACCACUCAAUGACACACUGCCUUUCUCAGAAACCCUUGGCGCUUCCAGCAGAAUACGACCCGGCCUUGAACCUUACAUCGACUAUUCGCUUGGUCACAUUUUCGGUGUGCGGUCGCAAGAUGCACAGGACGCCGGACAACAACGCGUCCUGCGCUACAGCUGCCUCGAAUUCGCGCUGACGUGCCUAUGCACCUUCAAUGAAGAUUUGAUCAUCUUCGCGAACGAGACGAAUAUUUCCGUCGAUUCUGCCAUCGCCCCUCGUGACCUUGCGACCUACGUUGCGCUCCAUCCCUUUGCACGCAUCAUGGAGUGGAUGUUUGACAGUCACUUCAUCAAAUCCUUACUCAACACUAUUCACCAGGAGCCGAUCGAAGUUGGCGGCGCAGCUCCUGAUUCGCCACUUAUUCUCAGUAUUCUAAGAGCAAUUGAACUUCUAGCCAAGGUUCUUGAUUUCCAAGCUACUUAUCUCGAUCUUGUUCGGCCUCUAGUCAAGCCUCAGUCGCGCCCCCAAAGUCGCUCCGUCUUCCUUCCGGCUCCCAACUCAGCAUAUGGAACUGUGGAGGACGGCAUCAUGACGAGCCUUGAUAUUAUUGCGGAUCUUGGAAACUAUUGCGGCAUUGGCCAUGCAGACCUUACUCUCGCCAGUCUGAAACUACUCGAGAAAAUUUCGACAUCUUCCAGGAUCAUAUCUGCUUGGCAGUCUGGUCCCAAUCGGCCGUCGCGUCGGAACAAGGCGAUAGUUGCACUCGAGGAACACGGCUUUGCCGAAGCUAUGGCCGGAUCUUUCAUUUCAGAGUUUGGCUCCCAGCUUGACACAUUUAGGCAAAGCCAGUGUCCCAGCUACCAGAGUAAGAUUUACAUUCUCGACUUCCUCUACAACUGCAUCCGAGCAGACCCAGACCGCCCCACGAUCGCCCAUCUACUUCUAGGUUUCCAUUGCGAUGCCGACUCGAUUGAUAUCGCUUCCGGGAGUCCUUUUGCCAACGGGGCGUCCCUUUUCCACUGCCUGCUCGGCAUUCCGGUUGAACUCCCUAUCACGGACGACCAGGGCUUGAGGACUUGGCUCAUCAGACUCAAGUACAAGGCGAUGCGAAUCCUCCAGGCCCUUUGGACCUCUCGACUUUCGUCCAGGCUUGUGUUGGAGAAUCUGAGGGAAAAUGAUUUCCUGUUCCAUCUUCUCCUACAAGGCCUUGUGGUGCAACCGAGUUCAGCGUGGGACGGACUUGAACCUGCCGGUCCUGAUUUCUUGGUUUCGCCUGCUGCGGAAGGAUAUGUCGACUAUUUGUCGAUCAGAGCGAUGGCUUUGGAAUACAUCACGCACGAGCUCUGCAGUGUUGCCCAGAGCCAGGCUCCUGCAUUGAAACGCAAGAUUUUCGACGCUCUAGGGGGCCAAGUUCCUGUCGACGGAGGUGAGACCAUCCAGGUGCCCUCGAUAUUCGAGUUCCACGACUUUCUGCCACAGGAAGCCGAGUUCGCCACUGCCCCGCCAGAACUUAACCUGUAUCGAGACCUCGACAUACGGGUAUGUCUCGAAGAUGAUAGUGAUGGAAACUCAGUGUAUAAUCUGGACAAGGUGCAGGAGAUCAUACUCUUGAAACGCAACGCUACCCGCGCUUCUGGCCAGGUCGUACCUCAACAAGACAUCGCCCCGAUCGAGCGGGAAGAAGAGGACAUCAAGGUGUAUGCCGCUUACUUGAACCGCUUUAAGCAAGUCAACUCUCGCAACUAUCAAGUUCUCAAGUCGUGGACGAAGCUGCUUAUGGUAAUGGCCGAAUCGAACAACUUCAAGGGAACCAACAGAGUGUCCUUCAUCUUGCAAGUGCUGCAAGCUAUACUGCCGAGUCUAGAACUGUACGGUUCGGAAAACCCGAGUGCAGCUUUGGAGCUGGCUAAGCUGGCAAAAGUCCUGCUGUUCAACCUGGACUUCUCUUUGAUGUCCGGGGGCGAUAAGCAGAGCCGGGCUAUAGGAAGCCUCGUCAGCGACAAACUAUUCCAGCUGUUCCAAAUCUGCCUUAAUGCCAUUGCCAAGUGGUCUGGCAGCCCGGAUCUUCGGACAAUCUACUACAGCGUGUGCUAUCGAUACAUCACAGCACUCGUUGACCAUGGAUCCGGCGUCCUUUCGGGGCGUCAGAAGACCGCAAAGACCAUCCAGUUGUUUGGCGAAAGGCUUAUGAACGUCAUAUGCGAUGACGCUUUCGGCGGCGAUGCUGCAUGCCAGACUGCGGCUCUGAUCCUACUGGGUACCUUUGUCAACCUUGGCAAGCAUGAGAGCGAUAACUACGCGGUGGAAACGCUGAACAGGCUCAACUUCUUCAGCGUUCUCAUCGAGUCGUUAGGGAACAUCAUGGAGGAAUGGAUCGAGGUCAACCGCAUAGGUAAUCCUGAUCAGCUGCACUAUGAAGACGCCAAGCUAGCGCUCUUGCUGCAGCUGUGUCAGACGCGCGAGGGUGCCAAGAACGUGCUGCACGCCAACCUCUUCCGGGCCAUUGAGGUUUCGGGCUUAUUCGCGGCGGACCCUGAGCUGCAGGUCAAUUCGGCCGACCUGAGGGCGUUGGAGAACCACUAUACCCUUCUGGUCAAGGUUUCGCGCAUCAUCGGUGCAGCCAUUGUCAGCCGCGGUUCCCACAAUGUAACGCAGGGCAGAAGGUUCUUGACCGAGCAUAGAAUGCUAGUUAUGCACGUCCUGAAGCGGUCUGCCGGGAUAGGAGCCGGCGCCGGGAGGAUGGAGGCGGUGCUGGAGGACAAGAUCCAGGACUUGGCGGAAGCAUUCAUGGUCAUCAUCAUGGCUACCGGAUUCCUCGAGUUUGAGAGCGAGGCGUACCAGCCCGAGCAGCAGAGCACGCCGGCGCUCUUCCACUAG